AUGACAUCAGGGUCGGUUCUUACUACGACCACGGCGUCUCGCACCGUCAAACCGGCAGACGCCCCGGCCCGGUCUCGCUCUCUGGGAGGGUGUGAAACCUGUCGGAGGCGUCAUGCGAAAUGCGAUGAGACCCGUCCCUCGUGUCUCGUGUGUGAACGGGCAGGGUUGGUGUGCGAGCGGUAUGAGAUCCGGCUGUUGUUCGAUGCCAGCGACAGCCAGGGUUCCCGAUGCCGCCGGCCGCUGUUUACCGAGGACAUGCGCCAGCGCAUGAGUGAGCAAUUGGCGGCCAGCUUGGAUCCCGACGAUGUUCAUACCCUCCUGACCCGAAUGGACGAGCACUGCGAGAAGCAGGAAGAGGAGACUACCACCAACUUUACGACCCACCUGGGGCCUUUUGGUGCCUUCCGCCUCGUGCAGCCGGAGAUGGACCUCUCUGCGGCCCCGGUGCAUCCGGUCGAGGCGCCGUCGCCAGAAGACAGUCCACCGAACGUCGGAUGGGACAUGGCCUUGGAUGAUGCCUUUAGCAAUGAUCCCCUCAUGGAGUGUCUCUUCGGGCAUGUCAAUGUCGAUGCCACCGGGGACCUGGAGGCGCAGGACUUCUUCGCCACAACCCUACCAUUCCCGGACAGUGACGACUUUUCCCCGCAAUCAGUGACAGGAGGCUUUCUCAUGGGAUCGUCAUCGAUCCCCUUACAGACGUCUUUGCUCUCGUCCCCGGAGAUCCGAUACGCCCCGUCCGUGCCCAAUUUGGCCCCCCCAGAUGCCCCCUUAUUGCUGGCUGCCUACAGGAACCAUGUGACUGCCCUCUUUUCGCCCAUCCAACUGGAGAAGAGCCCCUGGAGCAUGCUCUAUGUCCCUCCCGCGAUGGAGACGCUGGCUCUGUUGACGAUGGGGGAACUGGCCAACAACACCCGGAUGUCGAUCUUCUAUGCCAUCCUUGCCAUCAGUGCCUUCACCCAGCGACUCUCCACAGCCCGCAGCGCAACCGAGUACUGGCAGCGACAGGCAGAGACUUUUGCCGUCGAAGCCCAGAAUCAUCUCAAGCGAGCCCUGCAUGAUGCGUCGUCGAGCGUCAAGAAGACGAAAUACAAGGAUGUCCUGAUCGCAUUGCUGUGCAUGAACACCGUUUCAGCUUACCAAGGAAGCCCGGAGCGGGUGCGGCGGUGUCUGCUGGACUGUGAGAAUUGGAUCCAAUUUCGAGGUCUACCCAAGACGAGAAAAUCCCGUAAGGUUCGUUUGCUGCACCAUUGCUACGUGUAUCUCCGCAUCUUCCAGGAGAGCACCUCGGUGCUGCCGGUGCCCCAUGUAGAGGAACCCGAUCAUGCCUCCCCCGAGACAGUGCGCUCCGUCGCCUCCACCCGCUCGUUCCGGCUGCGGCAAUGGGAGGGUCGACUGGACCAGCGAAUGAGCGAGUUGAAGGAGCAGCAUCAGGGCGAGAAUGACUUGCACCUGGAAAUCCCCGGACGCUGGGAUUCCACCAUGUACCCGCAGAUCUUUGGCCUGCCCGAGUCGUUGUUGUUCCUUCUCUCGCAAGUCACUCGGCUGGGAAACGAGCGCGACCUCUCCGAUGCGGGCCACGGCACCGGCGUGUUGGACUUUAAGCAGUUCGCCGCGCGGGCACGGAGCCUGGAGCGGUGCAUCUCCACCUGGCGGCCACCGCUGCUGCCGGAGGGAGAUGCCGACAGCAUCGUUGGCCAGGCCAACGCCACGCUGAUCCGUUUGAUGCUCUCCGCACUCCACAAGGCCCUGUUAAUUUUCUUUUACCGACGCAUCUACGAUGUAGACCCCAUGAUCUUACAAGACAAAGCGUGGCAAGUCCGGGACGCCCUCGCCCAGGUGGACCGGGAGGACGCCCCGGCGACGCGCGUGGCUGCGCCGUUCGUCUGGGCGGCGUUCAUUGCCGCCUGCGAGGCCUUGGAUCCCAGUCUCCAGGACUGGUUUGCGACCUGGUUCGAAACGUCCGCUCGGCGCAGCGGGCUGGGGACCUUUAAGCUGGCCCUGCGAACGGCCCAGCAGGUCUGGGAGCGCCAGCGACACCCGUUGAACAGUAAUGCUAGCACCAGUUGGCCACAGAUUAUGCGGGAGAGCCAUCUGAGCCUGUUCUACAUCUAA